AAUUAGAAACUAGGAAAGCUAAAAUUGGACAGUCCACGAUCGCGCGCCGUGUGUGUUGUGAGAGCACUUGUUAUCAUAAUGAACAGUAAGCAUACUAAAUGAGACUAAAGUGCAACAAUACAUAAGAUGGAUACUGCAGCCAGGAACCCUUUGGCUUUUGCCGACAUCAUGAUCCGCCAGGGGAGCAUUGACGAUAUCAACGCCCAGCAGUUUCUCAAGAUAUCCAACUACGAAGACACUGUGCGCCAGUUGGAUAUUUAUUAUGCCAUAGUAAAGAGGCAAUUAUUGCGGUUCCAAAGUCCAAUCACAGGACUGUUCCCGGUGCUAUCAUCUGACCUCCAUAUUGGCAGUGUGAGGGACAGCAUAUACUGUGCUGCUGCAGUAUGGGGCCUUUACCAGGCUUAUAGACGAAUUGACGAUGACCGUGGAAAAUCGCACGAGUUGGGUCAGAGCACGGUGAAAUGCAUGCGCGGCAUUCUAGAGUGCUGGGUGAAGCAGUCGGCGCGCGUCGAGGCGUUCAAGACCCGACAGAGCGCCGCACACGCCUUGCAUGUCAAGUUCCACCUCACUACAGGCGAGCCUGUCCUCACAGAUGAACAGUACCAUCACCUACAGAUUGACGUCGUAUCUCUUUAUCUCCUGUUCCUUGUGCAGAUGAUCACUUCUGGCUUACAGAUUAUUUACACACAGGAUGAAGUGGCGUUUAUUCAAAACUUAGUAUAUUAUGUGGAGCGAGCAUACAGGACACCAGACUAUGGCAUGUGGGAGAGGGGCUCCAAAUAUAAUGAUGGCAAGCCUGAAAUUCAUGCGUCAUCUAUAGGAAUGGCCAAGGCUGCUCUAGAAGCCAUAAACGGCUGUAACUUGUUCGGGGACAAAGGAGCGUCAUGGAGCGUUGUUUACGUAGACAUUGACGCUCAUAACCGCAACAGAAGCAUAUUCGAAACGAUGCUUCCGAGAGAAUCUAGUUCAAAGGGUGUAGACGCGGCUCUACUACCAACGAUAUCUUUUCCUGCGUUCGCUACACACGAGGAGCACCUGGUACAAUUGACGAAAUCCAACAUGUUACGCCGAUUACAAGGCAGAUAUGGUUUCAAAAGAUUCAGCCGUGAUGGCUAUAAGUGCGUGCUAGAAGAUCCUAACAGGAGGUAUUAUAAUGAGGGGGAAUUGAAAGAGUUUGAUGGGAUAGAAUCUGAAUGGCCUCUCUUCUACGUCAUGAUGAUCAUAGAUGGCGUAUUCCGAACUUUACCAGAUCAAGUUGAAGAAUAUCAGAGACUGCUAAAAGCCCGAAUAUACAUGGACGAAUUUGGAGAUCCAGUUAUACCAUGGUAUUACUACGUGCCACGUGAAGGCUUAGAAAAUGAACGUAAUGAACCAUAUUCAGUCAGAAGAAUACCAGCAAACCAACCAGCUGAUACUGAGAGUAAAGAUACCGGCGGGCUGUUCCUCUGGGCGCAGUCACUGUUCGUCCUAGCUCAGCUGUUGACCGGGGGGCUGUUACAUGUCAACGAACUGGACCCGAUCAGGCGAUACUUGCCGUCUUACAACCGGCCGCGUCGCGCUGGGAGGUACUCCGCCUUCCAGGCCAAGCCGGCAUUCGGCAUAGCCACGGAUCUGGUGGUCCAAGUGGUGCUGAUCGCGGAGUCCAUGCGUUUGCAAGCCAUGAUGGGCACGUAUGGCAUACAAACACAAACGCCUCACGAAGUCGAACCCGUUCAGGUAUGCAGUUCAACUCAACUGGUGCACGUGUAUAGAGAAUUGGGAGUGUGUCAGAAACUGAAGCUCACUGGUCGGCCUAUUAGACCAGUUGGGUCACUCGGCACGAGCAAGAUCUACAGAGUAUGUGGCAUGACAGUUUUAUGCUAUCCGCUUAUAUUUGAAGUGUCGGAAUUCUAUCUGUACCGGGAUAUGGCGCUUCUUAUAGAUGACAUAAAAACGGAGCUACAAUUCGUGGGAAAGUACUGGCGUCUGUCAGGGCGGCCCACAGUGUGCCUGCUGGUGCGCGAGGAGCACAUGCGAGACCCGCACUUCAAGCAGAUGCUGGAUUUGUUCGCGAUGCUCAAGAAGGGCCACUGCGAUGGUGUCAAGGUGCGCCUUGGACGCCUGCAGAACUUGAUCUCCAGCUCUUGUAUGGAGCAUCUUGACUUCAUGAGCCAAGGAGAGUUUCCAUCAGAAAUGUUCACACAGUUCAAGCAAUUGGAACACGAAUACAUCGGCUACCAGUCGCUGACCGACGUGCCAAGAACCUUAACGUAUCGUGAAGAAACACUCAACUUCGAGUCGUACAAGCACAGAUCCACGCCUGAUAUAGUCUCCGCGCUCAGAAGCACGGAUAAUAUCUUCGCUCAAAGCCAACUGUGGGGUAUACUGAUGGAACGAGAGGGACCUAUGUAUGAGGUAAACGGCACAAGCGCGCUAGAGUCCCUGAAAUCGCUGUACCACAGCGCCGGCGUGCUGCGGCACUGGCGCGCAGUGCGCUACUGCUCGUCCCUGCUCAACCACACGGUGGACUCCAUCAGCCCGUUCAUCACCACCGUGCUCGUUAACGGCAAGCAGUUAACGGUUGGCGUGAUCGGACAAAAGGAAACCGUGUUUGAUAAGCCGAUGACGCCGGGAGAAAUCCAGUCUGUGAUGUAUUCCACCAUACAGCCGUAUGAUGUCAUCGGAGCUGUAUUGCAGCAGGAAGUAGUCCUCUACUGCGGCCGCUUAAUCGGAACCAAUCCGGAUAUGUUCCGCGGCAUCCUAAAGAUCCGCGUGGGCUGGGUGUUGGAGGCCAUCCGCGUGUACUUGCAGCUGUUCCCGUCGGAGAUCCGCGCUGACUCACAGCUGGAGAGCCUGUCGCCGUACAAGCUGCGCACGCUGCUCAUACGAGUGCUCACCGUCUCCGACUGGGCCGAUGAGAAGGGUUUAACGCCACUGCAGCGACGUCAGCUGGAAGGCUGCCUGUGUCGCGUUCCUAAACACUUCUACAUACAAGUGUGGGACAUUCUGCUGCGAACCCCUAAAGGGAUAAUCGUACAAGGCCACUCGAUCCCCGCGGAGCCGACCCUAGUAAACAUGUCACGGUCAGAGUUGUCAUUCGCCCUGGUAGUGGAGUCCGCUCUAGUGAAAGUGUCGUCGGCAGCAAGACGUCAGCUGUGCGUAGAAUUGCUAUGUGUGGUGGCUACUAUACUGCGACGUAACCCUGAGCUGUGUCUCCGGCAAGCUUUGGACUUGGAUAAGCUACUCGAUGAUGCGCAUUAUACUUAUGCUAAGGACAGCGGGCUGGCGUCGUCGUCGGAGGCGCUGAGCUCGGCGGCGCCGGCCGUGAGCGUGGGCUACCUGGCGCGCGCCGUGGUCAACUCCGUGCUGCAGGCCGCCGCCGCGCCCGACCUGGCGCCCGCCGCGCACGACGCCUGCCUCGUCGCCUAGGCUGCGCGCCCACCUCAACUGAUCGCGCUAUGAUGGGAUUUCGUACGAAUUCGAUUCGGGCGUACACGUACAACCGGUCAAUGUCAACCAGUAGGGCUAACAUGUACAAUGUGAUAAAAUUUCGUCACGGCCAUUUUAUCGAUUCUGACGAUUUCAUUGUCGUUUUGGCGAUUGAUGCUAAUAUGUAAACCCAAAUAAGUAAUUUUGUUCUGUCAAAAUACGAACAAAAUCACUUGGCACGCAUGUUAGAGAAAAAAACAAACUUAUCGAUUUUGACAAAAUGUAUUGAAUCGAUCGAUAAUUUUAUCACGUUGCGCAUGUUAGCCCUGCAGCUUACACUAGUUUUGCCUAUACUAUAGACCACUAUUGAUAAUCUGUCAUCAAAAACAGUGGUAUAUACAAGCCAUCGAUAAAAUCAAGGUUAUAUUCGGUUGAAAAACUAUGAACUGAUUAAUAAAUCGGUUUGGAUGCCAUUUUAUAUUGUGAUAAUAGUUAAAAAAAACUUAUUAGAAAUCGAAAAGACAAAGUGAUUUAUUUUUAUAUUAAUUUAAAUUUGAAAUGAAAUGUCGAUACUUUCACGAUUUUUUGCCAUUGCAAUAUUAUGUCUCAUAUGAUAAGUAGGUUAGAUUUUAUUUUAAGCAUAAGGAUAAAAAUCAUUGUUGAUAUUAUUAUAAAGUUUUAUAAAUCAAUAAAAGAUGGGAUUCUUAAA